AUGGAGGCGGCUGCCAAGCAUUUGUGUCCGGUCACGUUAGAGCUGGGCGGCAAAUCGCCCGUCGUCUUUGAUCGGGGAUUCUCAGCAAGCCAGCUGAAACUAGCUGCGAAACGGAUCGCCAACAUAGGUCUCUUUGUCAAUGCCGGUCAGCUUUGCAUCAGUCCUGACUACAUCUUGGUCCACAAGGAAGUGGCGAAGGAUCUCAUUGAUGCCCUGAAGGAGGCUGUCGGCAUUUUGAAUCCCACACGCGACUCCACCGAACAUCUUGGCAGACUUGUGAACCAGAGGCACUACGACCGCAUCAAGAAUAUGAUCGAUACCUCUGGGGGGCAAGUUAUCUGCGGAGGAUCUACUGCAGAAGCGGGGGCGGAUGCGGCGAAGUGUUUCGUGCCGCCGACCAUCAUCGCGAGCCCGGACUUAUCGUCACCUGCAAUGGCCGAGGAGGCUUUUGGACCCAUGAUGUCCGUGAUGCCUGUGGAUGAUCUCGAUUCGGCCAUUGAGUUCAUCAACGACCGCGAGACACCACUGGCUCUGUACGUGUUCUCGCCGAGCAGUUCACGGGCAAAGUAUGUCAUGGACAGGACCAACAGUGGAGGUGUGUGCAUUAACGACACGGCCAUGCACCUUGCGAAUCCCGCCCUUCCCUUCGGGGGCUCCGGGCCGAGUGGUUUUGGAGCGUACCACGGGAAGCAUGGAUUCGACGAGCUCUCCCACAAGCGCGCCGUGAUGUCAAGGUCUCUUCGCCUAGAUGUCGAGCGCUUCCCCCCGUACAAAGACUUCUGGAUCAAGGUGGUGAAGUUCGCUUGGGUGGGGCCUUGGUGCCCCUCUUGCGUGACGGCUGCUGUCUCCCAACUGAGGCGCAUUUGCCGAUUGACACUGCAUCGGCUGCAAUCGACGGCUGCCCAUGCUGCAAGGCAGCUCGAGGCUUCGAUGCGGCGGUUGUUGGCAAAGCUGCCCCAGGCUUCCUCGCCGGAGCAGGUCACCCUGCAUAUGGCCAAGUUGGAUACCCGUCUCGGGCUGAUUGCAGAGGAGCUGUCAGAGCUGCGUCGCUCAGAGCGGGAUGUGAAGUCGAUGAAUUCCAGGGUGCAAGAUCUGCAGAAGCUCCUCUACCUGCUCCAGGCUGAGGUCAUCCAUGUGGAGCAGAUGGCAGCGAGCUGGGAGACGGUGCUGAAGGCCGGCGAGCGCUCUAAGAUGCAUUGUGGCGUGUCGCGGCUCCAGAGUUCUGUCCAAACUAUCCACAGGCAGCUGGAUGAGCUAACUCAGCAGGCAGUGGAGGGCGAGAUGGGCGACCCGCGGUCAAAUCCAGAUUAUGCACCCGCACACCUGGAGGCGACGUUGGAGGCCAUCAAGGAAGAGGGCACUGCCUCGGACCGGAGUCAGCAAACUUUGAUAGCGCAGGGUGCUGCCCCGAACAUUGAAGUGAUGAGCGUUCUUCAAGGCCGUCUCCAUUUCUUCCAGGAACUCUUGCGCUGCGUCACGGAGGCCGUGGCCAAGAGCGACGAUGCCUCCACUCUGCAAAGCAUCGUGCGCCAUCGGCCCCAGAAUGCCAAGCGUGCUGGUCUGCCUGCACUUUCCGCACGCCAGUCCCCAGAGCUGGUAGAGGAGCCGCCACAGAUGCCGCCGCCAGUGGAGCAGGUUCGAGCAGACCUCUGCGAGUCCUCGCCGUUGCCGCCUGACCGGGGGCCGGCAGCAAUGGGGCGCCGGGAGAUGUCCUUGGCACAGAUGCGGGAGGAAGUCGACGAGGAGAGGCACCGGCACCAGCUUCAGAUGAGCCCAGUGUGGACGAUGGAAGUGAUGACCCGCCUACGGCUCAACAAUUCCCUGGAAGGUGUCCUCGCAGAACACGCUGGCCUGGACCAGCUGAGUGCUUUCGUUCAAUCACGUCUCUCCGUGGAGGAGUUCCCCAUCCUGCGCGAGGCAGCUUACCAGCGUGGCUUCCUUCACCGCCUGGAUGUGCCUACCUCGGGGCUUAUCCUGGUCGCGAAAACCCCGGCGGCCUACCUGGAUCUUCGUCUUCAGAUGGCAGCUGGCAAAUUGGCCAGAGAGUAUGUUGUCGUCUUGCACGGCAGCUGCAGCCUGCCAUCCGAGAGAGAGGUUGCCGUCCGCAUCCACUGGGGCAUGCGCGGCCGGGAUGCCCCCAGCGUGGUGGCACCUUUUGGGAAGCCUGCAGACACCAGGUUCAAGCUCCUGGCUCGCAUGGCGUGGGGUGCCAAACUCUUGAGCAUGGCAGCCGUCAGCAUCGGCACCGGCAGAAGGCACCAGGUUCGUCUCCAUGCAGCACACAUUGGGCACCCGGUGGCAGCUGAUGGCAAAUAUUCCUGUCACUCGACAUGCUCGGAGGACUUGCUGUGGUGUCCAAGCACCUUUCUCCACCGCUAUCGUCUGACAUUCUGGGCCCCGUCGCAUCACCGGCGAGAUACCCCGUUGGAGGUGAACGAGUGCCGCCUACCCCUCCCGCCGCCCAUGAGGGAAGCGCUGAGGCUGCUGUCGCCUGUGAGUCCUCGUUCAACGCAGGAGCUUUCGAAUUGGAUUUCCGGUGAUCCGUUCGACCUGAAGCCCUUCAACGACUAUUGA